CCCCAGUUUGCCGGGACUUUUGCCGGCGCCUAGCGGCCUGUAGAGACACUAGCAAGCCGCCCCAGGAGAGGCUCGGCUUUUUCGGCUUAAAGACGCUGCCCCCCCACGCCGCCGCCGCGACGCGCGGGCACGACGCCACCGCACCGAUUCCACCGUCGGCCACCGCCCGAGAAAAAUGGCGGAGCAGCGCAACGUCUCCUACGACGACACGAGCAGCGGAUGCAUGACUUUGUUGGACGGCGACGGCGACCAGACGUCCUGGCUCGGCUGCGUGAUGGGCUGCAUGGAGAGGCCGCCCGAGGACGAGAACGAGCGGAAGCCGUCGCAGGCCGCCGGGGAUUUGCUGGCGCGGGCCGAGACGGAGGAGCGGCGGGGCGCCUACGGGGCCGCGUCCGAGUUGUAUAGGAGGGCUUUACGUUUAGAUCCAGCGAACGCCACAGCCCACAACAACUUUGGCUACCUCUGCUCGACGCAUACCCGUGAUUUUGCCAAUGCGGAAUACCACUACAAACUGGCCAUCGAAUGCGCUCCGGACUAUGCUUUAGCACAUAACAAUUUAGCUUACUUUCUGAAGAAGAACAAGCGCGACCUCGAGGGUGCCGAAAAACAUUAUCGCGAGGCGAUUCGGUGCGACCCGCACUAUGCGUUUGCCCACUCGAAUCUAGGGGUGCUGCUGAAGUCGAAGCGGGACUUCGAGGGGGCCGAGAGACAUUACCUCGCUGCGGUUCGGGCAAAUGCUCGCUACGCCCCGGCGUUCCUGAACUACUCUUUACUCCUGAAGAACUACGACGAGGCGGCGUCGCGCGAUUAUCUGGACGAGGCGAUUCGCAUCGAUCCUGCUUUGGCGGAGACGGCGGCGGCGAAGUCGCUCGCGCGCGCGUUCGGGGACCGGCCGGCGCGGCCCGCCGGUUCGAGAUUAGAGCACGUCGAGCGCCUGUCGUCGAAGGCGAUGCUCCGCUGA